GAGCAAUGACGGAAGUUAAGAGAGAGGUGUUCGGGCAGAUGCCCCGGGAGGAAGGAGGAGGAGUGGUGGAAAAGUUCGUGUUAAAGUCAGACAGCGUGAAAGUGGAGAUCCUGUCCUUAGGGUGCAUAAUCGCCGCUCUGGAGACGAAAGGCAGGGAUGGGGAAUUUUCAGAUGUUGUCCUAGGCUUUGACACUUUGGAAGGUUACACGAGGAAGCACCCCUUCUUCGGUGCUGUUGUGGGGCGUGUUGCCAACAGGAUUGCGAAGGGGAGGUUCACCGUGGAUGGCAAGGAGUAUCAGCUGUUCCUCAACAAUGGGCCCAACAGCCUGCAUGGAGGAGCCAGGGGAUUUGACAAGGUUCUCUGGAGCCCCCAGGUCCUCCCGAAUGGUGUCUGCUUCUUCCGGCUCAGCCCCGAUGGUGAGGAAGGCUACCCUGGUGACCUGAAAGUCUGGGUGACCUACACACUCAAUGGCGGGGAGCUGGCCAUCAACUAUCGAGCCCAGACUAGCAAGACGACCCCCGUCAACCUGACAAACCAUGCAUACUUCAACCUCGCAGGGCAGGGCUCACGGGAUAUCUACGACCACGAGAUUUCUAUUGAAGCAGAUUCCUACCUGCCUGUGGACAACACCAAGAUCCCAACUGGUGGGUGGUGCGACACCCGCGGCAAAUG